AUGACAACAAUAAGGUUGCUUCUAUCCUUGGCUUCCAUUUAUAAUUGGGAAUUAAAGCAAUUAGACAUAAACAAUGCCUUUUUACAUGGAGAAUUGAAAGAGGAUGUUUACAUGGUUGCUCCUCCUGGACUGAGUUCCAUUCAACCAAGACAAGUGUGCAAAUUGAGAAAGGCCUUGUAUGGUCUUAAACAGGCUGGGAGAGAAUGGUUUGCUAAGUUGUCAUUCUUUUUACUCUCUGUUGGAUACACCCAAUCCAUGAAUGAUCACUCCCUAUUUAUCAAUUCUUCUGAAGGAUCUUUUACAGCCUUAUUAGUGUAUGUAGACAACAUAAUAUUGACUGGAAAUGAUAAGGAGGAGAUUGAUCGAAUUAAACAAGCACUAGAUGACACAUUCAAAAUCAAAGACCUUGGAAACUUAAGAUACUUUCUAGGUCUUGAAGUGGCCAGAAGCAAGAAAGGAAUAACGGUGAAUCAACGGAAGUAUGCACUAGAAUUAUUGUCAGAAGCAGGUCUUUUAGCUUGUAAGCCAGCUUCCACGCCAAUUGACAAUGUUGCCAAACUGUCAUCCACUAAAGGUGAACCAUUCAGAGAUGUUCUAGCAUAUAGGCGUCUGAUUGGAAGACUCAUAUAUCUCACAAAUACUCGCCCAGAUAUAGUUUUCUCUGUUCAGCAGCUCGCACAAUUCCUUGCCAAGCCUACAAUGUUUCAUUACACUGCCUCAAUCAGGAUUCUAAAAUACAUUAAAGGAGCCCCAAGUCUUGGUUUAUUUUUUCCUUCAAAUAGCAUCCCUCAUAUCAAGGCAUAUUGUGAUAGUGAUUGGGCAACCUGUGGUGACUCAAGGAAGUCAGUCACUGGUUUCAGCAUUUACCUUGGAAAUUCCCUUAUAUCCUGGAAGUCAAAGAAGCAGAACACUACAUCAAAGAGCUCUUGUGAAGUUGAGUACAAGGCAAUGGCCUCUUCCACUUGUGAAAUCUAA